AUGGCGUCUUCAGAUACUGAACCAUCAGGGUCACAGGAGCCGCUGACCGGACCCUCGGGAACAGUGUCGGAAAAGCAGGGCCUGUGGUUACGGCAGGGGUGUUCCCUGAUCGGGAGGGAUAUGUUAAAAUUACUGAUGCAGUUGCAAGUCAUAGGGGACGGCGCGGACCUCAAGGCCAGGCCUAAAUCGAUGGCCUCGUUUACGGAGAAGCACUGGCUACAGAGUUUUUCGGUGGAAGAAUUCGGGAACAGAUUCAAGGCGCUCACCGGUUCGGAGAUCUCGGUGGUGGUAGGCAUGGCACACUUGGAUGAUUGCCUGUGGUCGAGACGACUAGUCUGCCACGUGGCGAUACGGUACGCGAAUGGGUCUCAGAAGGUGACUGCACCGGUGGUGACGGCGGCGGCAAAAGCCAAGGGAGCGGCUCCAGCAGUGGUAGAAAAAACUGCUACUAAGAGGGCGGCGGCCGAUGGGGACGACGAGGCGGGGUCACGCCUAGACUCACUGGAAGCUGAACUAAAGAAGCUGAAACAGGCAAAAGGCGCGACAUCGGGAGAGACAGCCUUGGCUCAGUUCGCUGGUGAAAAACCUGUGGGUGAUGACAAGGAUGACGUCUGCGAAGCUGUCCUGAUUGUCGACUUCGACAUUCUGCCUAGUGCUCCUGGGCCAUUCUUAAAAGGAAAACCAAGCGAUGCCAAGCCAAUAUUUGGCCUGCCAAAUGCCGAUCUGGAGGAUGGCUGCAAUUGCAUGGUGGAAGGGAAAACUGUUGCAGUAAAGCAGGCUACUGUUAUGGUCGAUUCUUCUGGUUCAGAUAUGUCAGACAUUGAAGAUGAUUUGAGUGAGCUGGUUGUCAGUGACACUGGAAGUCUAAGUGACAAGGAUGAGCAGGAAGAAGAAUUCCGAUCGAUCACAUUUAUGAUAAAGGGAUCAACAUUCACGAAGGAACGUCAGGAGGCAUUAAAAUUUCACCGUGGGAAGGAAGUAGAGACGAAAAUUGAGAAUGAAGUUGACAAUCCUGUGGAUAAAAAUGCACUUGGUAUUAAAAUUCAAAUCCAAGGAGAGUUCCGGCUCAUUGGCUACGUGCCAAAGGACAGGAUAAGUGCAGUUUCGAAUGCUAUCGAGAAGGCGGAAAUUCAUUCUAUCAAAAUAACCAAAAUAAUUUGUAGAUAUGUGCCUGCUGCAAAUGACUGUGUUUUUAUAGGAUACUGUGAGAUAGUGAAGAAAGGACCAUGGCCUUCUUCUGAUACCAGUUACAGUUAUGGAGACAAAUUGAACUUGGCAAUGAGCACCGAUGACUAG